AUGCCGCCGGCGAGGAGCCCGGCCGCCGGCCUGCGGCGGCGCAAAGUCUUCCUCCCUCUCGUGUUGCUCCUCCCCCUUAUUCUACUGACCCUAAUCCUGAUCUUCCCAUCUCGCUCCAUCCCCGCGCUCCGCGACGCAGCUCUCAGGUCCCAACAGACCUGCGACUACGCUGCCGGCGGAUGGGUGCCCGACUCCUCCGCUGAGUCCCACCUCCGGUACGACCACACGUGCAAGGAGAUCUUCAAGGGGUGGAACUGCAUCGCUAAUGGCAAGCGCAACGGCCACGCCCUCCUCCGCUGGCGAUGGAAGCCCGCCGGGUGCGAGCUACUCCCCAGACUCGACCCGCUCCGGUUCUUAGAGCGUCACAGGAACACCAACAUUGGAUUUGUGGGUGAUUCUUUGAAUCGAAACAUGUUUGUCUCAUUGGUCUGCAUGCUCAGGGGAGUGAACGGAGAGGUUCACAAGUGGCGUCCAGCAGGGGCAGACCGAGGUUUCACAUUCCUACGCUACAACCUCACCCUCGCAUACCACCGAACUAAUCUUUUGGUACGCUAUGGCAGCUGGUCAGCCAGUCCAAACGGAGGUCCCCUAGAAUCUCUUGGAUACAAGCAAGGCCACAGGAUUGAUGUUGAUAUUGCCGACCAAACAUGGGCAGAGGCACCAAGCUUCCAUGAUAUUCUUAUUUUCAAUACAGGACAUUGGUGGUGGUCCUCUUCAAAGUUUGAUCCAAUACAGUCACCGAUGCUCUUCUUUGAGAAAGGGAAGCCGAUUAUACCUCCUUUACUGCCACCUGAAGGACUGGAUUUGACUCUUAAACACAUGAUAACAUUUGUGAACAAAGCAAUGAGACCCAAUGGAUUGAAAUUCUUCAGCACUCAAUCUCCUAGACAUUUUGAAGGUGGUGAUUGGAAUGAAGGUGGAUCUUGUCAACAUGACCAACCCUUGUCCUCUGAAGAGGUCAAAGAAUUUUUCUCCUUGGACAACAACGGCACAAACAUAGAAGCACGCUUGGUAAACCAGCACUUGAUGAAGGCUCUGGAGCAGUCUACUACCUUGAGAGUUUUGAACGUCACUCACAUGAGUGAAUUCAGAGCUGAUGCUCAUCCGGCGACAACCGGAGGAAAGAAGCACGACGAUUGCAUGCAUUGGUGUUUACCAGGACCAACCGAUGCAUGGAACGAUUUGCUAGCAGCAAGUCUUGCGGCAAUUCAGAGCUAG